UAGGGCGUUGGCAAAAUGAUGUGGCCUGGUGGCAUUUAUGAAUAUCAAGGAAUCGCCCCUACAUUUGCUCAGAAUUUUAAUGAGAUUGUACCUUGGGAAGAAAGAAUUGAUACCUUGAUAUCAUGGUUUGUACAUCCUAUAUAUCCAAUAAAUUUUGGAUUAUUAUACAUUGAAGAGCCAGAUUAUCAUGGCCAUGGGAUUGGAAUAAAAGGACCUCAAUUUGAUGAUAUUCUUAGGAAGUUAGAUAAUAUAACUAGGUAUCUUUACAGUAAGAUAAAAUACCAUGGUUUACAUGAUCUUAAUGUUGUUCAUUUGAGCGAUCAUGGAAUGGCGUCUGUUAAGUUAGACAGGAUAAUAGAUCUAACAAAGUAUAUUAACAGCUCUGAUUACAAAUUUGUUGGUACCUCACCAGGAUUACACAUUUUUCCUAAUCCUGGUAAAGAAGAAAUGAUUUAUCAAACAUUGAAGCAAGCAGCAUUGAAAUUGAGGACGUUUAGAGUUUUCAAAAGGGACGAAAUUCCUAAGAAAUAUCACUAUGGAAAUAAUACUCGCGUUGGUCCUAUCUUUGUCAUUGCUGAAAUUGGAUAUGCAUUUCAAAAUCUCCUUGAUAACAUAGAAUAUUAUAAGAAAAAGUUCAAUAUUACAGUAACCAGUGAUUCAGAAUUUGGUCUUCAUGGCUAUGAUAAUGAGGCUAUAGGAAUGCAUCCUUUCUUCUUCGCAAAUGGUCCUGCAUUUAUGCCUCAGUGCAAACUCAAACCUUUUAAUAAUCUAGAUUUAUUUCCGCUAUUUUGUGAAAUACUCGAUCUACAAUGUCCCAUAGGGAAUGGUACUAUAUCACAUCUAACCAAGUGUCUUAAGAAACAUCAACAGUCUAUCAUAGGAACCGUGGUGCUGCAAUUGAUAAUUCCUUUCACUUCAUUCUGUGUGGUAGUUGGAGGAAUAUGCAUAAUACUGUAUAGGAUGAGACAGCAAAUAAAAAAAGAAUUUGGCAAGAGAUAUUAUCCGGUGGAUAAAAAAAUAUCAAGCAAUAUAUGAAUUUUCAUAUUGCAUAAAGAUAACAAAAUGAAUUCAAAAAAAUGACGACACAGUAAUAAGAAAUAGCAUCGUGACGAAGAAUGCAUAAACAUAAUUUCACUUUUUAUAAAUAAAGUUAUAUUGUUUCAAACUUUUAAAUAUAGCAAAACGUUUAAUUAGAA